GAAAAUAACGAGUUUCGGAAAAACAUUCAACAACUCUAUAAUAUUCUACAUGAUGCUCCCGUAAAGGUUGAAGUGAAUUUUUAGAAGCCCAGCAAUAUAAUAUUUACAAAUAUGCUACUUAUAUCUUUGAAUGCGUAAAAAAAUUUUUAGACCCUUUUAUAACUAUAAUUUACUGAAAAUUAAUAUAAAAUUAAUACCGAAGGAAGUAUCCUGGAGUUGUAUAUAUCUAGGACAUUCAUUCUUGUUUUGAAAAAAAGAACUCUAAAUUAGUAUAAUAGAAAAAUUAAGAAUCUUUUUGGUUUUAUUACUUUUCUAUUUUCAGGAACAUUUAAAAGCAAUGCUGGAUGCCAUUUACGAAGAUAAUGUAAAUGUUAGAGGUUAUACAGCCUGGAGUCUUAUGGACAACUUUGAAUGGAUGUUUGGAUAUGCGCAUCGAUUUGGAUUGUAUUACGUCGAUCUUACUGAUCCUCAGCGACCAAGAACCCCCAAAAGAUCUGCACUCUAUUAUAAAGAGAUCGUCCGUACCAGACAACUCACCUAUGAAAAAUUGAAAUAGCUUUCAUUAACGAAGUAUUUAUAUCCGCUAAGUAUUGAAGUUAUUUAUUGUUAUAAGAUAAACAUAGUAUAAUAAAUAAAAAUAAAGCACUUU